AUGCCCCGGCAAGAACCAGUCAGAGUCCCAAUUGAUGAGAUCCCCCGUACAUGGGAAGAUCUGGAUGGGCAACGCACUCAGAAUAGGGCCCGAGGGAGUCAGGGAGCCUCUCAAUCGACGGUUCCAAACUCCCUGGCGUCUCAAAGAGCCGUCCACCGCCCGCAAGGGCCGCUCAGUAUCCAUUUUGACGAUGCCACUCUACAGGAUCUCCUCAAGCUUCGAAGGGAGCUGGUCAGAGUCCCUCAUGAGGAGAUCCUCCGCAUGUUGGCUCUCCUCGAGCCCCGAAGGGAGCCGGUCAGAGUCCCUCACGAGGAGAUCCUCCGCAUGUUGGAUCAUCUGGACCGCCAUCGCGCUAAAGACCGAGCCCGUUAA